AAAAAACUUUUUUUACAUACAAUUAAGUAGAAGAAUUUUAUUUUUAUUUUUAGGAAAUACUUUCAUACUAAAUAAUUUAUCUUAUUAAGAUGUGUUCUAUUGGGUUAAUGACAUUAGAUGCUUGCGAAGGCCAACAAGAUGUUAUUGAAACUUUAAGCAAUGAAGAAAAAAUAAUUAUAUCUUUACGCUGUAAUAUUGAAUUAUCAAACUUAGAAAUAUUAUGUGAAAGACAUAAUACAAAAUAUUUGAAAAUGUAUCCUAUAUGGCAGAAAGCUUGUUGUGAUCCAUUCAAUAGACAUACAAAGAAAAUCACAAAAAAUCUUGGCGUAGUUACAAUAAAAGAGUCAUAAGUCAUGAUGAGAAAUUGUUUGAAUAUUCCUCCUGGGAAGAAACUUUGCAAACCUUGUAAACAAAAGAUUGCCAGAAAAAAAGAACUUACAGAAGAAGAGCAAAGUAAGAGUGAACAAGAUGAGGAUUUUCUAAUAUCACCAUGCAAAAAAAUAAGACAGGAGAUCAAUAAAGAACUCAAAAAUUUUAGUUUAUCUCCUCUAAAAUCUCAUUCAAAAUCAUUAAAACAUAUACUGUCAGAAGGAAAGCAAAAAGUUGCAUGCAUCAACGAAAUGGCGUAUAACGCUACUAGAAAAAUUGAAACUCAAUUUUCCUCAAAACUAUGUUAUGAAACCAAUGGGAUGAAAAAGAAGGCUGCAAACUUUGAUGAAAUUAUGAGCUUGGUAAAAGAAAAAAUUCUAUGUUCUAACAAACGAACUAUUGUUCAACUUCUAACACUGGCACCCCCAAGUUGGUCAAUAUUAGAAGUACAAAAUAACUUUUCGGUUACAGAAUACCAGGCCAAGAUGGCUAGAAAAAUUUUUAAUAAAAAAGGAUUGUUAGGUAUCUCUCCAUUGUAUAAGGGUAAAGUCUUACAUAAAGAAAUAGAAGAUUCAGUUAAAUUGUUUUAUGACUCAAGUGAUUUAUGUCGAACUAUGCCUGGAAAAAAAGAUUAUGUCAGCAUUCAAAAGAACGUCCACAAACAAAAAAAACUGCUUUUGUGUAAUUUAAAGGAACUAUAUGUAUUAUACAAAGAAAACAAUCCAGAAAUACAAAUAAGUUACUCAAAAUUUGCUUCACUUAGACCAAAGUGGUGCAUUUUGCCAGGUGUAAGUGGUACACAUUCUGUUUGUGUUUGUUCUUAUCACCAAAAUGCCAUUUUGCUAGUGGAUGCCUUAAAUAUUGAACUAACCUAUAAGGAUUUACUUUUGAAAACUGUUUGCUCAGUAGAAAACAAAGAAUGCAUGCUUGCACAGUGUGAUAAUUGUCCUGGUAAAGAACUGCUCACCAUGUAUUUGUAGGAGAAUUUUGAAGAAUACGAAGAUGAUUUUGAGAUACACUACAAACAAUGGCAAACUACUGAUCGUGCAACACUAUUGAGUUUAACAACAGAUGUUCCAACGUUUAUUGAACUAUUGGUAUCUUGUUUUGAAAAGCUACAAUCUCAUUCUUAUAUUGCCAAAUCUCAAUCACAAUACCUUAAUCAACUAAAAGAAAAUAUGGAUCAAUCAAACAUUAUCAUUCUUGGCGACUUUGCUGAAAAUUAUGCUUUUGUAGUCCAAGAUGAAAUACAGAGCUAUCACUGGAACACCCAACAAUGUUCUUUACAUCCAUUAGUGAUAUACUAUAAAGAAGAAAAUGGUGUAGUGAAACAUAUUUCUUACUGUUUUAUAUCAGACGACAUUACACACAAUGUAACUUAUGUAUACAAGAUAUUUCAACUAAUUAUACCAAUAUUAAAAACAAAAUUUCUUGAUUUAUCCAAAUUGCAUUUAUUCACUCAUGGUUGUGCAGGACAGUACAAAAAUUGUAAAAGCUUUUACAAUCUAUGCCAACUAAAGACAGAAUUUUCCCUCAAAAUUGAAUGGAACUUUUUUGCCACGUCCCACGGAAAGUCACCAUGCGAUGGAAUUGGUGGUACUGUAAAAAGGUUAACAGCACAAGAAAGUUUAAAACGACCAUACAGAAACCAAAUUCUCACAUCAGAGGCUAUGUAUGAAUUUUGUGUUGAGAAAAUUAAGGCUGUUAACUUCAUUUACAUAAAGGGAUUGGACUUACAAUUGCAACGUGAAAAGCAAAAAGAAAGGUACACUGAUGUAACAACUCUACCAGGUACUCGUAGCUUUCAUCAAUUUAUACAUAUUGGAGAUAAUAGGGUUGGGGCGAAGAGGUGUAGUACAGACACUAAAUAUACAAUAAUUCACAAUCUUAAAAAGAAACAUAUAUUUGAACCUGAUACUGUCACUUUAGGAGGUUAUGUUGCGGUAGUUUAUGAUGAUAAGUGGUGGAUCGGCAUUGUAACUGAAAUCAACCUAGAAGAAGUUGAUGCUGAAGUUAAGUUUCUCCACCCAAGAGGUCCAUCAAUCUAUUUUAACUGGCCUGAAAGAGACAACCACUGUUUUAUUCCUAACAUCAAUAUAUUGAAAAAACUAUCUGUUCCACAAGCUUGCUCUAGUUCUGGUAGAAACUAUGUGUUUGAAAAUGUUGAAAUAAAAGAAGUGCAAGUAAAAUGGCAACAAUAUUGUGAACUAUUACAAAUACAGUCAAAAUAACUUGCACAUUCGAUACCUUUAAAAAUCUUCUAUAUUUAAGUAACUUUGUAAAUUAGGAAUAAUUUAUUUUAAUUGAAUUUAUAAAUAUUUUUUAGGAAUUUCUUAAAAAAGUUAUACAUCUUUAAAAUUAAAGUUCUAUAUGUUUCAGUUUUUUUUCCAGUUAGAUUUUUUGUGCCUAGUAAGAUUAUAACUAGCUUAAAAUAUUGAAAGCAAAAAAAAAAAAAAUUUGACGGGGGUGUUUUGAGAUAUUGGGCCCUAAAGUUAGAUUAUAUAAACUAGUUGAUUUAUUAAUUUUUAAGGAUGUUCCUCUAACAUUUCAGCAUUUUAAGUACAUUUAUUGAAUUCAGCAUUAAAAAACCAUUAUAAAUGUAUAUUUUUAUAUUUUUGCCAUUUUUAUUUCUUAUUUUAUUGAGGAAAACAACUUUUCAGAAUGUUAUGAAAACCGGGUCAUUUUGAGAAACCAGGUCCAAAUUAAAUUUGCUGUAUCUUGUCAACCGCUUGACAUUUUUAGCUGAAAUUUUGCAUGCAAUAUUUUUUUAUAAAUAGGAAUCAUGUGUCAAAAUAUAAAACAAAAAGAAGACACAUGGUUCAAUGGAGUGGGUGAUUUGAUGUGGAAUUACCCUCUAACGUUAAAUGAAAUCAUCAAGUUACCCUUGAUCCUAACCAGCCUACCCUCCCCUAUGCCAUCGUAGGAGUAGUGGUUGCCUAUGAUGGCAUACUUGUGCUUUUUUUUUAAAAUAUGAAUAACUUAUAAAAAAACAAAACUGAUAAAAAAAACCCGAGGGUUA